CUUCAAAGAUGGCGGCUGGAGUCGAUCAAAAUUUCUAUCAGCGAAGAUUGGAUAGAACGCCAGACCGCGACGAGUUUUUCAACCUUCCAGCUGAAGACAAGAAGCUUAUUAGUAACUUCAGAUCUGUGGUUAAAGUCCAAAGUGAUAAGCUUGUUCAACUAAGAGAUGAAAACGAUGAAAAAGAUUUUGAAAUCAGUAAAGAAGUUGCACUUCGGAAGGCUGCGGAACAACGACUGCAGAAUCACCUGACUGAUAUGUACAAAAGUCCCGAGGUGAAUAACGAAUUACGAGACCGCUUACCAAGAUCUAGGAAAACAGACCCUAUGAGAGUCUCCUUUGAAGUAUCGCAAGAAAAUAAUAUUGAUUCAGCCAAGCAUGACGACAGCAAACUAAGAGCAAGCACAGCCAGCACUAGUACAGUAGGAGAGCUUACCAGAGCACAACUAGACUCUGUUGAUGAACAAGAUUCAUUGGAGAAGUCCCCUAAGAAGAAACGAGACAAAGGGUCAAAAUCAAGGCAGCGUCACGAUAUUUCAUCUGAGAGUGAAUCGUCAGAUACUGAGACACAUAAAUCUUCAGGGAGACGACAUAAGCACAAUCUCUACCCUCCAGGAAUGUUUGUGCCCCCUGGAGCCCAGUUUAUAAGCCCACCCUUCCCCCAACCAUACAAUUAUUAUGCCUCACCCCCUCUGGUGUACUCUGCGGGGGUCCCAGUGGCGCAGUCGACCCCCAAUCGUCCAACUCCUGAUCAGUCAGCUUAUUAUACACCUCAGGGAACCCCUGCUGCUACACAGCUUCAGUAUGGAAACCCCUUGCUAGGGGGGUUACACAUUCCAAAUCAAGGAGCACAAAAUUCACCUGGUGAUCUAUCAGCAUCAAGACAUCGCAGUCAUAGUGAACCUGUGUUAAACGGUGAUAUGUCAAAUGUACAAUCUACCCCAGGGACAGGUUCAGGCCCCGGGGUGACAACAAAAAGUGUCCCCGAUAUGUCAAUAUUGACAGGAAAUAACCAGAGCGGCAAACUGACAUCAGAUCAAAAUCGACAAAUCACUUUAUUAUUACAGGAGUUGGAUGCUUCCAAAACAUUAGUCAGAAAACUGACAGAUAAACUUAGCGAGACAGAAAAACAGCUGGAACAGCUGCAACUUGCAGACAAACUGAGAGGUGCUUCCACAGAUGCAGAAAUAGCUGCUAAGGCUGCAGAACUUGUUGAUGAGAUCUAUAGGGCUCAGAAGAAGCGUGACGAGGCUAUCAUGGGAAGGAUCCAGUUAGCCAAUCAGGAGAGAGACGAGGCAUUAAGUCGACUGGCUCAGCAAGAGAACCAAUCAGAUGAUAAUCUAGGAUUUGACACAAGUGCAUCAGAGGAUCUUGACAGGAGCAUCACCUCACCAUUUUCAAAAACCAGCCCUGGAGGCAGUGCAUCAAAAAUAAAACAAGAUGGCCGACUGCUUUUGCGGAAGAUCAGUCAAAAUAAGCACCGUCAAACUGAUAUUGUGAAAGAAGAAAUGGCGACUGUGAUUGACCAACGGGAUGCAGCAAUAACGAAGGCUCAGAGACUAGAGCAAGAAAUCAGCAAGUUACAAAGGUCAAGGUCAACACCCGAAAGGUCAACUGAACUGCCAGCAUUGAAGGCCAAGCUAAUGGCGACAUCUCAAGAGAGAGACAUAGCUCUGGCCAGGGUAACAAAACUUGAAGAGGAACUUCAGAAUGUUCGCAUAUUCUACAGUCUUCACAAAUCUCUAUCACAAGAGAAGAACCUCCGGGAUCAGUUCAACAACUCCCUGGAGAAUUUUGAACAGCAGCUACAGGAGAGAGACAGCUACGUGAUGGUGGCGCAGAAAGAAAACAACACCCUUAUAGCGAACUAUAAAGGGGUCUUGCAGGAGAAAGAUCAACUUCAAAUGGAGCUUCAAAAAUCCCAUGCUGCUUUGAGUGUAGCCACACAGGAGAAAGAAAAAUUAGAACGACUGGUCGUAGUUUUACGGAGGAAACUUACACAAACUGCAAGCUCGCCAAGUAACUGAAGCUCAUUCAGGCCCAGCUCUUUCAACAUGCUCGUUCACGUCUGAAGCUCACACAGUUCAGUUUAAUAUCAAAAACUCCUUAAAUUUGAAGAAAGGAGACAGUAUCAUAAAUCUGUUCGGAAGACAACAAUAAAUGAAUUCCUGAUUUAAAGUGCGAAAGGCAGUGAUCUCACGUAAUCUUGUGAACACGGUCACAUGAAUUAUUUAAAGGGAUAUUCCCUGCAAGUCCAUUUCUCUCUUGAUAUGA